AGAGAGAGAGAGCUAUUAGGAAGAAGCUAUUGUGAAAUAUCCAGGAGAGAGAGAGAGAAGGAGGGAGGGAGAGAGGGAGAGAUACAGACAGAUAGACGGAAAGAUAGAGAGAGAGAGAGAGAGAGAGAGAGAGAGAGAGAUACGGCUCCCCGACUUCUCUCAGCAGGAUUGUGUGUGUGUGGCCGGUGUGUGUGUGUGUGUGUGUGGCCGUGGCAGGCAUGGCGUCGGAACCAGGCACCCAGUCCAGGGUGAUGUUUCAGACCAAAGCUGAGGAGCCCCCCCAUCGCAAACUGGGCAAACUGACCGUCAAAUACAACCGCAAAGACCUGCAGAGGAGACUGGACAUCGAGGAGUGGAUCGACGGACAGCUGCACCUGCUCUUCGACUGUGAGGAGGAAGAGAUUCCUGAGUUGGAGAUUGACAUUGAUGAACUUCUGGAGCUUUCAGAUGAAGAACAGAGAAGUAGACUACACGAGCUUUUGCAAGAAUGUGGAAAGCCAAAAGAGGACUUUAUAAACGGAUUGCUUUAUCGGAUGAAGGGCCUUCGCAAGAUGUCAGGACCCCUGAAGAAAUAGUCCUGGGUGGACGUCCACAAGUGAAAUAAUGUGAAUAACCCCCACACCCCCCCAGCCAGAAGCCCACCUUCACCUGUAGAGAGUUCAGCGUCUGUCUGUCUGUCCGAUUGUGUAGAAUUCCCCUGCACCAAUGGGUCAAUAAGGGAGAUGAAUGUCGUUUUUGAGUAUUACUAUUUAUGUACAGACCUGACAACUUCUUCCAGCAGACAUAGAGUUGCAUUAUACAUACAAUUGUACUGUCUAUUACUCUUUUUUGUGACUUGUACAUUUUUGGUUGCCUAUUUAUAUAUUUUUGUUCUGGAAAGCAUUGAAUGUGAACAUAAAGAAUAACUUUUCAAGUGAAA